AUGGUGGAUCCCCGUACUGGUACAUCCGCUCGUGGUGCAGCUCGCAAGAGCUCUUCAGCCUCGUCCUCAGCAGCGGAACUCGCACAGUCUCCGCAACAACAGCAAGGGAAGGUCCCUAUUCCACGCUUGCGACCAAGUGCAACCAGAGACGAUGGUAGCGGCGGUUCAACGGCUGGUAGCGGUGGGGAUAGGCACAGAGUUCCACACGCAUGUGAGCCUUGCAGACAGAGAAAAACAAAGUGUAGUGGUGAAAGACCCGUAUGCAAACAUUGCCAGGACUUCAAACUCAGCUGUUACUAUGCUGACGGAAAGCGCGAUAAAGCUAAAAAUGAGAUGAUCUCGUUGAAAUCGAAGGUGGAACUGUACGAGUCAGUGCUUGAGCAAUUGAAGUGUCACGUUGACAGCGCUGGCCAAUUGGCUAUCCAAAAGGCUUUGCAAGGGCCACGUGAUAUUGGCCUAGAAUACCAUUCAGCCCAUCAAAAGCACCGGGACGGCGAAUCUCUUGUCACGGCCGGGGUCGGCUCAACUGGCUCUGUAGACCAUAUUCGAGAAGAGCCCAAUCGGAGCGACAGCGCAUACCCGACGGGGUACAUGGGGAAAAAUAGUGAAGUUGCCUGGAUCCAAAGAGUAGCUCAACAACUUGCUCGUGAAGCUUCGGCAGAACCGCCACGUAUGGCUCCCAUGCCGGGAACUGGUUCUCAGAAAUCACAUUCAGAGACAUCGACUAAAAAUUACAACGUAGAAUCCAGUGCUCUUGCCACUAGGAAUGACGAUGAAUACCAAUUCGAAACGCCUACCUAUCACCUAGACGAUUUGUCUGUUUCGAUAGCUGGGGGACAAAUCAAUCCGUUCUAUCUUCCUCCUAAAGAAACUGCUGAUGAGCUUUUGAAUGCAUUUUUCUCCACAGUUUAUCCCACGUUCCCUAUCGUACUAAAAAAGCUUUUUAUGGCGCAAUACGACGCUUUUUUUCAGUCUUUCUUCCCCCCGGCGAGCUCAAAGCGAUGGUUGGCAAUGCUUAAUUUAAUGUUUGCGAUUGGCUCAUUGUAUGGGCGUCUUACCAAUGCUGAUUGGAAGGAGGAAUCUGAGAUCGAGCACCUUAAAUAUUUCUCUAGGGGUAGAGUUUUGAGCCUUGAUGAAGGAAGCAUCCUUGAGGUACCUGAUUUACAGCAGGUUCAAGUUGUGGGAUUAGCUGGCAUUUAUCUUAUUGCUAGUAACCAGACUAAUCGUGCAUGGAACGUUGUCGGGCUUGCUAUUCGCUACUCGCAGACUCUCGGUCUUAAUCUUCGCAACGACGUUCCUGAACUUGAUGAGGCAGAGAAGGAGAUGCGCGUGCGAAUGUGGUACUCGCUAUAUUCCCUAGAGUAUCUACUUUGUAUUAUGACCGGUCGACCGUCUUGUAUUCAUGAGCGGGAUUGCAGUGUACCAAUGCCUCGCCCUGUUGAUGAAGAACAAUAUCCCAUGGAGGAUGGGUUUGGUAUAGCCUUGAGAAAGUACUCCGAAACCGCCAGUCCUAACUCGCAACCACCGUCCGCAAAACCUUCUGCCGUUUCCAGCCCUUUCAUUUUUCGCAAUUCGCCUCCCACACCUCAGCCCCCAGGACCCUCUGUCCCCGCCUCUAACAUCUCUUCUGCGCCAUCUCCUUCUUCAACAACGUCAAAACAGGCCACAGCAGGUUCUUCACGUACUUCUAUCAGUUUUCUUAGCUCUGGCACAUAUCCCUCAACCUAUUUUGUUGAGCAUACAAAACUCAACCAAAUAACUGCUGAAGUAUUGUCGAACCUUUACAGCCCUGCCACCAGAUCUCGAAGCUGGAGUGACAUUCAGGGAACCAUCUCCGCGAUGGAGUUGAAGGUUAUGAAAUGGCGUGCUGACCUCCCAAACUUGUUGGAUUUCGGCAAAAGACAACGAGAUCAACUUUACUACAGACAGAGAAUGAAUCUUGCGUUCCAGUACCAUUACAUUCGAAUUAUCAUCAAUCGCCCAUGCCUAUGCAGAUUGAACUAUUAUCGUAUACCAAAUGAAUCCAAUCGUUCACGUGGGUUUAAUCGGUCUGCAGCAGCAACGUGUAUCGAGGCUGCUCGUGAGACGGUGGCGCUUUUGCCGGACGAGCCAAAUCCCGUUGGCCUAAUAAGCAGCUCGCCUUGGUGGUGUCUGCUCCAUUAUCUUGUCUCUGCAGGUACAAUUUUGAUGGUGGAAAUGGCUAUGCGGGUUGAACACAACCCGCAGCAAGCUGACGGCUUGUUAAAAGAUGCCAAAAAAUUAUUGAGGUGGUUGAGGGCCAUGGCAGAAGACAGCUUGGCUGCCGAAAGGUCUUGGAAAGUCCUCACAAAGCUGCUGGUAAUAUCUGCUUCCAAGAUUGGCGGUGACGUCUCGGACGUACCAACAGAUUUCCCGGAGAACCGGGACGUCCCUGGUGGAAUAAAGGCUGGAAACAUCAACAACAAUACGAACAGCGGCAACGGUGGCAACGGUGGCAAUUCCAGCUCGGAUUACUCCCAGCAACAGGACCAGCCAUUGGCAACACACAAUGGAAACCAGGCCGAGGAGACUAGACCAGGAACCAGUGCCGAGGAGUUCACCGACCUUUUCCGCGGUAUCCUAGGCGAACCCUUCCCGUUCUCCAACAUCCCCAUCCACACGCACUAUGAUGAUGUGACGGCAAUGCAGGACGUGCCCCACUUUACUGAUUCGGCGGCCGACAAUCAGCAGAGCUUCCCGCCGAACCAGGAUCAUUCUGCAAAUCAGGAUCUCCUCGCAAAUCACCUCCAGCCUCUCCCGGGCCCCUCGGGCAUGAUGUUUACCAACUCCACUCAAAUGGAUGGUAUAAACGUGAGAAAUCAGCCCGACCCUACCGAGAUAUUACAGGAGAGGCGCCAACGCAGGAGAGAGUCACAGGGAGUCAGAAACAUAUCGCUUCCGCCCUGUUACGCGAACCACUGGGCCCCCGUGCCAUCUGGUGAUGUGGGGUACCCAAUGGCGCCGGCAUUCCGUGAACCUAAUCAGCAAACGAGAGAUGGGGCAGCGGAAUUUGAGCAACGGGGGAAUUGA